AUGUACACGAAAGCACUGCUCUCUGUCUUCAAAGGCCGGCUAUUUGAUCCCAUGGGACGAGAAGGCGCAAUUGAUCGCUGCGAAGUCAGUGUGCAAGAGCGAGAGACAGAGGCGCAAUGCCGUUUUAUUGUGAAGAUGGUGUGUAACCAAGGCAUCAUCAAAACCUACAAACUCACCUACGAGUCCGCUGAAGUUCUCCAUGCGCUGUUUGAUCGAAGCGUGGCGCCGAACCACUGGAGCAUGCAUUCGAGUGCGUUCAAAGAGUACAUUGAAUACUUUGGUACAAAGACCGAGAUGCUUGACAUCUUUGCCGGCGAAGAUGGCAGAUGUGUGUUCAAGAGUUAUACGGAGAAGAUCUCGAACGGAAAGGAAAUACUCAAGCAUCCACUGGUCACAGCAGUAGCAGUCAACACAUCUGAUUUUGAUGAGUUCAGUGUCCAAGCCGGACUACAUAUCAUCAUCAGCGUCAAAGACUUCAAAGCCAUUGUCGUGCAUGCAGACACGCUCAAGACAAGCCUGAAAGCAUAUUAUUCACAACCAACAAGGCCUCUGCAGUUCAGCUACGGAUACGACGGCUUGCUUUGCGAAUUCACCUUGAUGACCUCUGGCAACAUCACUGCAAUCCCAGCAAUACCCACACCUGCUCUCCAGACUCACAACAGCAGACAAACAUCACGAGCGACCUCAGCAGCAACCGAGCGUACAGAUACACGCAGCACACGUUCAGGAAUGCCGCCACCAAUGGACACUCCAUCCCGCCGCGACCGCAUCGGACGUCUCCGAAACCCCGGAUCAAGACAAAGCUCGACUACCGCACAAGUGGAACCAGCGCAGCAGGAUUCUGAAAGCCUCUUCAUACCCGACGAUGAAGAAGUCCGGAGAAGAGAGGAGGAGGAGGAAGAGCAGACUUGGGCGCCUGUAGACUACGAGAAGGAGGAAACGCUUGGAUGGGACGCCAGUGCGAACCACGAUGUCUCCGCAUUUCCAACGUUCCGGGAUAGCGGGACUACGGUGCGAGGAAAUGCGGUUGAGAAGGCAGAGGUGUUUGAACCGACGCAGCGCGUCUCACAGAUUAAGGGGCUGUGGUGA